UGGUAGAAAAAAAUGCAAACGCCGUCGUCCUAAAACCGGAAGUCUGUGGGAAGCUGCCACAGUUCUGCAUCUUCACCGAGCUACACGCGACUAAUUUCAUCAUCCAUCGGAGCCUACCGUUGGGCAGUUUAGGGCAAGUGGUGGACUGUAUUUUAAUUCCAGAUUUCAUUCAAGAACUACAAGGCUUUGUGCUUGCAGAGAUGUGCGGGAUUUGGGCACUUUUCGGCAGCGAUGACUGCCUGUCCACGCAGUGCACCUGCGCCAUGAAGAUCGCCCACCGCGGGCCCGACGCCUUCCGCUUCGAGAACGUCAACGGCUUCACCAACUGCUGCUUCGGCUUCCACCGGCUGGCUAUCGUCGACCACCUGUAUGGCAUGCAGCCCCUCAGGAUCAAGAAGUUCCCCUUUCUCUGGCUGUGCUACAAUGGAGAAAUAUACAACCACCUACAGCUGAAGGAGAAGUUUGAGUUUGAGUACCAGACCAAGGUGGACGGGGAGAUCCUACUGCACCUGUAUGAGCGCUUUGGGGUUGAGAAGAUGGUGGCUCUCCUGGACGGUGUCUUCGCCUUCGUCCUGCUGGACACGGCGAACAGGAAGGUGUUCCUGGGGCGGGACACCUUUGGGGUGCGGCCCAUGUUCCGCAUGCUGACUGACGACGGCUUCCUGGCUGUCUGCUCCGAAGCCAAAGGCCUGACGGAGAUCACCCACUCCAUGCCCCGCCCCCCUGAGGUCACGCCCUUCCCCCCGGGACACUUUGAGGUCUUCACACUGAAGAGCAGCGGGAAGGUGGAGUCUGUUCAGCUCGGCCGUUUCCAUAGCUGCACCGACGAGCCCAAACAUGCCGUCCACGACAGCGUCAGGGGCCUCCUUUCAGGUUUCGAGCUGGAGACGGUGAAGAGCAACAUCAGGGUCCUGUUUGAGAACGCUGUGAGGAAGAGACUAAUGGCUCACAGGAGGAUCGGCUGCCUGCUGUCAGGUGGUCUGGACUCUAGUCUGGUUGCUGCGACGCUGGUGAAGCUGGCGAAGGAAGACGAGCUGACGUACCCAGUACAGACCUUCGCCAUCGGUACGGAGGACAGCCCUGAUAUCCUGGCAGCCCGCAAGGUGGCAGCGCACAUUGGCAGCGAACACCACGAGGUGAUCUUCACCCCUGAGGAGGGCAUCCGGGCCAUCCAGGAAGUCAUCUACCACCUGGAGACGUACGACAUCACCACUGUACGCGCGUCCAUCGGGAUGUAUCUGGUGUCCAAGUACAUCCGCAAGAAGACAGACAGUGUGGUGAUCUUCUCUGGUGAAGGAUCGGAUGAGCUCACCCAGGGGUACAUCUACUUCCACAAGGCCCCGUCCCCCAAGGCCGCGGCGGAGGAGAGUGAGCGGCUGAUGAAGGAGCUCUACUUGUUCGACGUGCUGAGAGCCGACCGCACCACUGCAGCGCACGGCUUAGAGCUGAGAGUUCCUUUCCUGGAUCACAGAUUAUGUGCAUAUUUCCUGUCCUUACCUGAAGAGAUGAGAGUGCCCAAGGAUGGAGUAGAGAAGCACCUCCUGCGAGAGUCAUUUAAGGGGCUGAACCUGAUCCCAGACGACAUCCUGUGGAGACGCAAGGAGGCUUUCAGUGAUGGACUCUCCUCCACCAAGAAGUCCUGGUUCUCCUACCUGCAGGAUCAUGUAGAGGCUGAGGUCAAUGAGUCCCAGUUGGAGAUGGCAGCCAAAGUGUUCCCCCACUUCCCUCCUAAGACCAAAGAGGGGUACCAUUACCGCCAGGUGUUUGAGAAGUACUACCCGGGGCGGGCCGUCUGGCUGUCCCAUUACUGGAUGCCCCGCUGGAUCAAAGCCUCCGACCCCUCGGCCCGAACUCUCUCCAUCUACAAACCCGACAAGGACAAGUGACUGACGACGCGUCGCCGUGGUUACAGCUCCGCCUUCUGCCCAUAACCCCGCCCGCUUCCAAACCAGCUCCACCCUGUCACGUACGCACUCGCUAACUAACAAGCCGACAAAAAAAGCGCAACUCUGGAUGGGUUUUAAAACUCAUGGGCAUUGAGAGAUCACUGUGAGCAAUUCUGAAGCACAUUCAGAGGAGAGAGAGAGGGCGACAGAAGCCUGUUUUAUUUUAAUUUGAGUGAGAAUCAGAGAGGGAAUUUUGAAUAUGUGUUUGUUCUAACCUUUUAAUAACCAAAAUGCCUGUGUGGUUGGUGAGUGUGUACAGAGCCACAGUCUGAUGUAUUGGGUCACAAAUGCCAGUUAGACAUUUUUAGACACGCACACACACACUUUUUCUCUAAACUGUUACUCUAACAUAACAUAAUAACCAAAAGGCCGUUCAGCCCAACAGUGCUCUCCAUUUUCCUGACUAAAUUAGCGCUCUGAUUACUACUAGCCCCAUAAUGCCCAUGAUUCUCUAAUUACUGUGUCUGAUUAAGUCUCUGAGUACCACUAGCCCCAUAAUGCCCAUAAUUCUCUAAUUACUGUCUGAUUAAGUCUGAGUACCACUAACCCCAUAAUGCCCAUAAUUCUCUAAUUACUGUCUGAUUAAGUCUGAGUACCACUAGCCCCAUAAUGCCUAUAAUUCUCUAAUUACUGUGUCUGAUUAACUCUGAGUACCACUAGCCUCAUAAUGUCCAUAAUUCUCUAAUUACUGUGUCUGAUUAAGUCUCUGAGUACCACUAGCUCCAUAAUGCCCAUAAUUCUCUAAUUACUGUGUCUGAUUAAGUCUCUUGAGUACCACUAGCCCCAUAAUGCCCAUAAUUCUGUAAUUACUGUCUGAUUAAGUCUGAGUACCACUAACCCCAUAAUGCCCAUAAUUCUCUAAUUACUGUCUGAUUAAGUCUGAGUACCACUAGCCCCAUAAUGCCAAUAAUUCUCUAAUUACUGUGUCUGAUUAACUCUCUGAGUACCACUAGCCCCAUAAUGCCCAUAAUUCUCUAAUUACUGUCUGAUUAAGUCUGAGUACCACUAGCCCCAUAAUGCCAAUAAUUCUCUAAUUACUGUGUCUGAUUAACUCUCUGAGUACCACUAGCCUCAUAAUGUCCAUAAUUCUCUAAUUACUGUGUCUGAUUAAGUCUCUGAGUACCACUAGCUCCAUAAUGCCCAUAAUUCUCUAAUUACUGUGUCUGAUUAAGUCUCUGAGUACCACUAGCCCCAUAAUGCCCAUAAUUCUCUAAUUACUGUCUGAUUAAGUCUGAGUACCACUAGCCCCAUAAUGCCUAUAAUUCUCUAAUUACUGUGUCUGAUUAACUCUCUGAGUACCACUAGCCUCAUAAUGUCCAUAAUUCUCUAAUUACUGUGUCUGAUUAAGUCUCCGAGUACCACUAGCUCCAUAAUGCCCAUAAUUCUCUAAUUACUGUGUCUGAUUAACUCUCUGAGUACCACUAGCCCCAUAAUGCCCAUAAUUCUCUAAUUACUGUGUCUGAUUAAGUCUCUGAGUACCACUAGCUCCAUAAUGCCCAUAAUUCUCUAAUUACUGUGUCUGAUUAAGUCUCUGAGUACCACUAGCCCCAUAAUGCCCAUAAUGCCCCGUAAUGCCCCAUAAUGCCCCAUAAUGCCCCAUAAUGCCCAUAAUGCUGCAGCAGACGAGUGUAUCUUUCAGCGUUAACACACGUUCAUAUUAACUGCAUUCUUUCAUAAUUGUGUCGUCUUAUCAUUUCAGUAUGCGAUGUUCUGUCUCCAACAGUUCCCAGAGCGUAGGCCUGAUAUAAAAUGCUCCGCAGAAGCUUGCACACAUUUAGCAUCCCUUUUUAAGAUGCUGAAAGCUCAUUGGCAGAUCUGUGUAGACAACCGACUGUGUGAUGUGAUGUCAUUCUCUGCUGUUUUAAAAAGAUAGCACUUUAGGUGUUGUAAUGGGUUUUUUUUCAAUGUCAUUGUUUUUUUUUUGGGUUUUUUUGCUGAAGAGGUUAAAGUGUAUAAACCAUGAAUGGAUUUUAAAGGACUGCUGUAAUAAUUUGUACCCUUCUUAUGGGAUUGUUAAGACUGGAAUCUCAAAGGGGGGCAGUAUUAGCAGGCUUUGCUGGUUCAGCAGAAAAUUUUGGACCUGGAAGCAAGUUAUUCAGAAUCGUGCCAAUCAGUGACUUAAAUUACGUGCUGUAAAAUCCAUAAUUCAGCACAACCCCCAGAACCUGAGUUUGAGAUCCAUGCUCUGAGAUAUCAUGCUUAAAAUAAUAGUUUGAAUUCAGUAUUUUUACGUGGUAAAUUGCGUUACAGAUGCUGUAAAUAUUGAAAGAGCGCUCUGGAGCAGUGUGUGUACAGUGAGCUCUGCAGAGACAAACGAGAGUUUCGCACUGCCCAUGCUCUCUUCCUGAGCUGCAGUCAAUUAAAACAAAAACAAAACACCUUGACUGGUUCACAGACAGGCUUCUUUUUUCUCCUUGAUUCACACAUGCACACUCACAAGUAUGUGUGUCACACUGGAACUAAUCGCAGGUGUGUGUGUGCGCACGCGUGUGUGUGGUGAACAGAAAUACAUUGUUCUUCUGUAAUAUAGUUGAGUCUGAAUUGGGUGUGUAUGUGGAGGAGGGGUCCAUUUGGGAUGGGGCGCACACAGACUGGUGCCUGUUGGAUAAAGAGCUAGAAAUUCAUUGGGCAAGACUGUCCUAUGGGAGUAGAAUUGAACCUGUUGCCCCGGUAACAUGCUUUUCCUCUUUUUCUCCCAUAUUGCUGUGUGCCGAUUUGAAAUAAAAUUGAAUAUUAAAAUGCA